AUGUCUACUUUGAUUAAAACUUUUGAAGAAUAUGAAAAAAUUAUAGAAGAAGUUGAUGGAGAAAUUUACAUAAAUUUUAUUUAUAACGACCUUUAUGGAAAAGAAAAAGAACUAGGUGAAAGAUUUGAGAAAUUUGCUGCUGAAUAUUCCAAUUCAGAUGACAUUUCAUGUUAUAGAGCAUAUCUUGGUGAUUUUAAACCUUUUGGAUAUGAUUGGGGUUCUGUUCCGGUUUCAUCACAACUUGGUAAUGUAAACAUAAAUGAAUCAUCUCUAAUUGCUACUUAUGUUGAUCAUGGUGUUCGUUUGGUCUAUAAGACAAGUUGUGACGAUGAAAUUGAAGAUUUUUUUAAUCAAUGUGGUUAA